AUGGUCAUCUUAUGGAUUACAUUGCUUUUUCUUCAUCGAGGAAAUUCUCUGGUUCCAGUGAAAACAGUUCAUGUUGGUGAAACAGCAACAUUAACAUGUGUUUUACCAAAUGAAGAGCUCGGCAGCAGAAAGGUUCAGUGGUACAAGCAGAGAGUCGGAGAUACUCUUAAAUUAUUAGUGUCACUUCCUGGAAAACCUUCAGAUUUUCUUCAGUCAAGAUUUUCUGCACAUAACAGUAAAGAUUUCAGCAACCUGACCAUUUGGAAUGUCGUCCAAGAGGAUGAGGGGAUGUAUCACUGUGGAAUAGACACCUGGACUAAACUUGAGUGGAGUGGGACAUAUUUGUUAGUAAAAGGAAACACUGAAAGGACAUCAAACUAUAUUGUUGUACAGCAGCCGACAGAAUCAAAUCCACUCCGUCCAGGAGACACAGCAACUCUUCAGUGUUCAGUUCUGACAAAUUCUGAGAAAAACACAUGUUCAGGACAUCAUAAUGUUUUCUGGUUCAGAGAUGGAUCUAAUAAAUCUCAUCCAAACAUAAUCUACACUCAUGGAAACAGAACUGAUCAAUGUGAACAAAGAUCUGACCCUCAGGAUGGAUGUGUUUAUCGCUUCUCUAAGACCGUCAGCUCCUCUGAUGCUGGGACAUUGGGAUACUGUGCGGUGGCCACAUGUGGAGAGAUAUUAUUGGGAACUGGAACUAAACUGGAUGUUCAAGAACGCAGUGCGUCAUCACUGACAGCCAGUACAGUUGUUUUUGUGUUUUGUGCUGUCAUGGGUAUAAAUCUCAUUGUUACUGCUGUCCUCAUUUACUUAACCAAAAAAGCCAACAGCAGUGAUCACAAAGCUCCUGUCCUGCAGAAAAACCUUAGUGAUCAGAAAAGACAACAGAUUAAGGACACACAGAUGUUUUCUGCUGUUGUCUUUGCCGUGAUGGAAGCUGAUAUUCGCAACAAAAAGGAUGCAAAGGCAGCAGAGAAGCAGCAGAUCUACACAGCCAUCAAAGCUUUUGGGCUGGAUUAG